AGAGAGAGAGAGAGAGAGAGAGAGAGAGAGAGAGAGAGAGAGAGAGAGAGAGAUGCAUAUUAUCCACUUAUGUAUAUGCACGUUUACGAUAUCACGUGAAAGACAAAAAAAGAAGAAAAAAAAAGCACGAACCCGCGAGAGCUCAUAACACGAUAACGAACCGACACAGCAUAAUGAGAGAGGACAAAAUAUCAUCCAUGAAGCAUAACUCCACCUGUUUCGAAGCGAUUUUUUUUUCCUUUCCUUUCUCGAUUUUUGGCGCGCAAUGGAUGUGGAGUUGCCAAGUUAUUAAUAUUCAAGGAAGGGUAAUGGCUGCAGUAACCCUCAUUGGGGAGGCCUGGCGAAGGGGUCGUUUCGAGAGGGUCGUCCGUUAAGUCGUCUUACGCCCACACGCGCGAAGGGUUUGGGGCGGGAAGGAGAGCGAGACAUGGGCGUCGCGUAGUGGUUCAUUCGCGUUCGAGACCGGCGGUCGUUCGCUUCACCGACAGGGCAGAGCGAGUUCGUGAGAUCGACGUCAGCGAAUCGACCACGCCCCCUCGCCCUCAAACCCACCAAUGGGCGGCCUUUGUGACUGGACGAUGUUGCUCCUUCUGUCUGUCUUGUGCGGGAUGGCCGCGGGGCUGCAGAUAACAGGUAUCCAGGUCCCCGCCACCGUUAUCAGCGGGGACCAGGUGCGUCUGACCUGUUCCUUCGAGUUCAACGGCGACAAACUCUACUCUCUCACCUGGUGGAAAGACGAACAGCUGUUUUUCAAGUACCUGCCGAUUAACAACAGGAAGACGGUAUACGAGACGCCGGGUAUUACCGUGGAUAAACGGAUAUCGACGCUCCACGAGGUGAUUCUCUCCCACGUGGACCACCGCGCCUCCGGCAAGAUGCGCUGUGAGGUUGUGGCAGACCAGCCGAGCUUUGAGAAGGACUCGAUGUCAGCCAACAUCACGGUUGUAGACCCCCCCCCUCGAGGCCCGGACAUCACCGGCGCCCGCGAAUCGUACACCAUCGGAGAACUUCUGCUUCUGAACUGUUCAUCGUCCUUCUCCUACCCGCCCACCAACCUCUCCUGGGUCAUCAACGGGCAGAAGGCGCUCCGUGAGACCGUGGUGGUGUACCCGAGGGACAGGGACAGCGAGGGGCGUGAGUCCUCGUGGUCGGGCCUGCAGAUGUGCCUUCGUCGAGAGCACUUUCGCAACGGCGUCCUGGUUCUGCGCUGCAUAGCUACGAUCCUCCACGUGUACAACAUUUCCUCCGAAAUCCGUAUUACCGAUUCGAGCUACAUCCAGAGUGCACCGAGAGAGGGAGCUUCCACUGCAGGAGCCGGAUCGUCGAGCCUCCUGCUUCCCCUUCUGCUGCUGCUGCCCGGCAUGCUGAGGGGAACCUGAUGAUGCCACCGCGCCCCUCACUUUCUUCCGGGCAGCGUCUGCAUGGGCGUGGAGUUGUGGGCGUGAAGUAGAGGCGUGUCUGUAUCUGUGUUACGUAACGGUGGGCGGAUUCCCUCCCCUUGCCUGUCAGUGUAGUUGCUAUAUGAUUUAAUUACCAGAACGUAUGUGUAUAAUCACUGUAUUUUAUUUAUUUAUUUACUUCUUUCUCCUUUUUUUUGUCAAUUUUGGUAAGAUGGUCUGUUAAUGAAGAAGAAAAAUAACCUUUAUUUGAUAAAUUAUCAACGAAAAGCUUACGACUGCACGUAGCCUACAGGGAACCGAGUGCGUUGUGUGUGGUGUGUGUGUGUGUGUGUGUGUGUGUGUGUGUGUGUGUGUGUGUGUGUGUGUGUGUGUGUGUGUGUGUUUGUGUGCUUAUGUGCGCGCGUGUGUGUGUGUUUGUGUGCAUGUGUGUGUUUACGCGUCUCAUGUGCACAUCUAAGCCCAGAUAUGACCCCUCGGAGAUGGGUUGAGAUACGUAAAUACUCAAGCGUGCAACAGUGCCGCUGUCUGUCACCCAGGCGCUAUCAUCACACGCUGACAGGUGUGGGAACUUAUCGCCAAAGAACCAAUUAACUCUAGUUCUGCAAAUAGUUUUAAUACCCGUGCCAGGUCUGUUGACUGUGUGUAGAGAGAGUUCACUGUGCACUAGGCAGGUGACGGUGUGUAUUGUUUUCAAGUGUGGUCAUGUAUUAGGUAUACUCACUGUUUCAUACCUCAUUAAGAACAUUACAAAAGUCAUUUUACUGCUGAAACAUUUUUUUUUCGGUGAACAUAAAACUGUAAUCGGAAGCUUU